AUCCAAACCUAUUUUUGAGUAAUGUUGCUAACAGACAGACAGACAGGCAAACCAAUGCAGAUUGUCACAUAACUCUGCUGCGUUCCUUGGUGGAGUAAUUAAUUAGAAUCUAAUGGUAAAUGAAACUGUAGACCUUUCUUCUCUUCAUAAGGGUAAGCUUUCACACAGAGUCAGUUUAUCAGCUGCAGCUGUGCCAAGAAGGUGGGAACAGUGUAGACCAGGAACAGCAGACUGGGAGCAAACAUACCCUGAAGUUGUGGUGACCAGCUUGUAGUAAACUGAUAAAAAGAAGAGUUGUUGGUGUGAACAGAAUUAAAAGAAGUAGCUCUUUCAUGUAAGCAAGCAAUAAUUCACAUCAAUAAUCCUUAUAGGGUUUAUUACAGAAUGUUUCCCUCUGUGUAACUAUCCUGCUCCUGUUGACAGCUUCGUAACAGCAUACAUUUAGUGUGUCUUGAAUGAACGUCCACUCCCACCUGCUGCCUCCUCACCUUUCAUCACUGCUGCCCCCUGGUCUUUCAGAGCCCCGCCCUGCUCCAUCCACUAAGGAUACCAGAGUUCAUGUGGGAUAAUACUGUGUGUACUGAGUCAUGUCUUGUUGAUGCGCCUCCUCCCUGCUUCCACUUCUGCUCAUUUUCACCUCCAGGCUCAGGAACUAUUUCCUUUUAGGGGUUAGGAAAGAAAUAAGGCAAUCAACAAAACAAAGGUGGUGUUACUUAUAACGGUCAGUUCGGGAGGAGAUUUUAGGGGUGCAUGAGAGGUCAGAGAUAAUAUUUCAGGUGCUGCUGAGCCCAUUGGCCAGUAAGAAAAUCAGCUUCCAUAUAGAGAAAGCUGGGGUUUCCUUUGCCCACGGGGAAUGCAAUAUAUACCAACUUGUAAUGCCAGAAACUGAGCUGCUACCCAAAUCUGUCGCUCCCCUCUGUUUCCAUCUGCAGCCACAAGUUUUUCUACAGAGUUUGAAAGCCAAGAUGUCGGAGAAAAAGAUGUCUUCAAGUCGCAAGCAUCAUCUGAAGAGUUUGAUGCUGGCCAUCGCCAAAGGUUUAAUAGAGGAGGAAGAGAAGGAGAGGGAGCAGGAAAAGAGGAGGUACAUGGCUGAGAGCUGCCCUCCUCCAUCAAUGCCCAGGAACAUGCAGGAGCUGCAGGAGCUGUGCAGGGAGAUUCAUCACAAAAUCGAUGCCAUCGAUGAGGAGCGAUAUGACCUGGAGAUGAAAGUCAUCAAAGCCAACAAGGAGAUCGAUGACCUGAAGAUCAAAGUUCAGGACUUGAUGGGGAAAUUCAAGAAACCUGUCCUGAAGAAAGUACGUAUGUCCGCUGAUGCCAUGCUCAAAGCUCUGUUGGGCUCCAAACACACAGUAAACCUGGACCUGAGGGCCAACCUGAAGCAGGUCAAGAAGGAGGUGAAAGAGGAGGAUAAGGAACUCCGUGAUGUCGGUGACUGGCGCAAAAACAUUGAAGACAAAUCUGGCAUGGAUGGAAGGAAGAAGAUGUUUGAGGCUGAGGCUUGAACAAGCACCAGCAACAUUUUUUUUAAGUCUCUGUCAUUGACUAGAUUUUACUGGUUUAACUCCUGUUUAGAUUGGACAGAUUCAUUUUUGAACCACCUUGUAAGCUGUAGAAACUACACUUGAAUAAAAAAAAUUAGCAGCAUGUGCUGAAUGAC